AUGUUGAAUACGAAUGGUAAUAACCGAUACGGCUCGUCUUCAUCAUCUCAUGGACGACACCUAAAUUUACCGGCUACGGAUGACAGCGAUUCAACACAGUAUUCAGUACCAGCUACUGACCUAUUACCUGCUGGUAUCCCGGAUAUGACAGAUCAACAAAUUAAUGGUCUUAUAAUUUAUCCAGCUAAUCAAAUUGCAAUAGCAACAUUAAUGCGAUAUAUUUUCAUAUUUAUCCUGAUGUCUCUCAUUAUUCAUCUAUUUUACACUUCGAUCGUAUUGGUAUACAUAUUUUAUCAAAUAAGCAAUCGUGAGCAUAGGCCUGGUCAACAAGCUGAUGAUCCUGGAUUAUAUUAUUUUGAUUUACUCAUGAAUUUUUUGUUUCGGCGGAAUCAAAAUGCUCCAACUCAUGCAAAUGAUCACGCUUUUAGAUUCUCCUUAACAGUGACACUUGCCGAUGGUGAUGGCGAUGAAGCAUUCGCAAUUCAAGAUACACGAGCUCAUGACUAUGAAAUUUUGACAAGUCUAAACAAUUACCGACGUAUCUAUGUUAUAAUAAUGAAUGAAAACGCACAUAUCAAUGAGGAUGCAACUCUAUAUGAAAAUAAUGCUGAUACAAUAUUGUCCGAUAUGGUGAACACUACUAGUACAAGACAAAGCGAGGUUGAUGGUUUAGAAUAUGGCAGGCAUCUUCUGAAUUCAAUUGCAUCGUCAGAUAUGGCUCACUCAAAUGAUAUUGAUGAUCAAGAAGAUAGUAAUGUUAGUUCAGAUAGUGAUUUUGGCGGAGAUAAUUUAUGUGACCAGAAUGAACGAAGAGAUGCAAUAGUAACAAAUCAUGAAAAUCUGGAUGAUGCUCAAAAUUCUCCUUUAUCAUCUAAUGAAGCAACUGAAAUUCCAAAAACUGUUAGAAGUCAAAGUGAAGCUUCUGUGCAAACAAUAGAAAAUGCAUCUCGUUCAACUGGUAUAAACGAUUCUAAGCAUACACCUGACAUUGUAUCUGAUUCUCAAUCAGAUCGUACGGACGUCAAUUAA